AUGGCAUCUCGCCCAAGUAAUACUAAUCCUGAUGGAACUGAUGCUGGUCCAGUCUAUUAUGGAAGAACUGUUAAUAAAGUUUACAACCAAGAAUUCAUAAUUGAUAAAAGAUUCAAAAUAGUUAAAGAAUUAGGUCAUGGUGCUUAUGGUAUAGUUGUAUCAGCUAAAUAUGAUGAUGGUUCUUCAACUACAACCAGUCCUGAUUCAGCCAAUACUUCAUCUUCAUCUGAUGGUUCUUAUGUUGCAAUUAAAAAAAUUACCAAUAUUUUCAGUAAGAAAAUUCUUUGUAAAAGAUCACUUCGUGAAUUAAAAUUAUUACAAUUCUUUAGAGGUCAUAAGAAUAUUACUUGUUUAUAUGAUUUAGAUAUCAUUCCUAAUCCAUUGACUGGAGAUUUCAAUGAAGUUUAUCUUUAUGAAGAAUUAAUGGAAUGUGAUAUGCAUCAAAUCAUUAGAUCGGGUCAACCAUUAACAGAUUCUCAUUAUCAAUCCUUCAUAUAUCAAAUACUAUGCGGAUUAAAAUAUAUUCAUUCAGCAGAUGUUUUACAUCGUGAUUUAAAACCAGGCAAUUUAUUAGUCAAUGCUGAUUGUGAAUUAAAAAUCUGUGAUUUCGGAUUAGCUAGAGGAUUUCUGGAAGAUGUAGAACAAAAUGCCGGAUUUAUGACUGAAUAUGUUGCUACUAGAUGGUAUCGCGCCCCUGAAAUCAUGUUAAGUUUUACUAAUUAUACUAAAGCAAUUGAUAUUUGGUCUGUUGGAUGUAUAUUAGCAGAAUUAUUAGGUGGGAAACCCAUAUUUAGAGGAAAAGAUUAUGUUGAUCAAUUAAAUCAAAUCUUAUUAAUCUUGGGUACUCCACCUGAAUCUACUUUAACUAGAAUUGGUUCAACUAGAGCUCAAAAUUAUGUUAGAUCUUUACCUAUUAUGAGAAAGGUUCAUUAUAAACAAUUAUAUCCUGAUGCUAGUCCAUUGGCCCUUGAUUUAUUAGAAAAAAUGUUAACUUUAGAUCCUUCAAAAAGAAUUUCAGUAGAAGAAGCAUUAAAUCAUAAAUAUUUGGAAAUAUGGCAUGAUGAAAGAGAUGAACCUGAAUGUCAAGUUAAAUUUGAUUUUAAAUCGUUUGAAACAGUUGAUGAUAUAAAAGAUAUGAAACAAUUAAUAAUUGAAGAAGUUAAGAAUUUCCGAGAAUUUGUUAGAAAACCAAUUGAUGAGCAACAACAAAUUCAAUUACAAUUACAAAUCCAACAAAAGCGUCAACAAGAAGAAGAGGAAGCAAGACAACGUCAACAAGAAUUACAAAGAGAACAACAACAACAACAACUGCAACAAUUACGUCAACAACAACAACAAGAGCAAGAAAGACAAAGACAGCAACUCGAAAGCCAAAGACAACAACAAGCACAUGUUGAAGCUCAAGCCCUUUUGGACCAAUAUGAACCAAUGGAUAUUUCUCAAACUCCAAUCACUCAACAUCCUCAUUAUGAAUAUAUGUCUCAUAAUCAAAAUACUGCAAUGGUAAAUACUAAUCCACAACAAUUGAUGGAAAAUCAACAACAAUAUUAUCAAAUUCCAAAACCUCAAGAGAUUAAUGAAUUUUCAUUUCAAGGACAAGGACAAGGUGCCGCUACAGCUGGUUCUACUACAACGGCAACUACGUCUAUUGCAUCAAAUGAUUUUAUAAAUGAACAAUUAUAUCAAGACAUUACUCAAACUACACCUUCUGGAAAUGAAUAUUUACGAUUAGAUGAGGAAUUAGGAUUUGGAUUGGAUAUGAAUCCAGUAUUCAAUAAUUAUCAAUAA